CCUCUUGAAUUUUUUCAUAAAAACUGUUUGGAUGAAAUGUAUCUUUUUUGUAAACAGUUUUAACUCUUCAAUUUAUGACCAGGUACGACACAUUAUGUUAACUGAUGCAAUUGACCAGCAUGAUCCGAUGCAUCUGAACAAGCAGCAGCCUGCGUUUCUUGUGAAGCAACGGUAUGUGCCAUUGUCCGAACAGCAGAAAAUGGAGCUUCCGGAUUUAAAACCUCCCGUUCAGUCAGAUCCACAUCGAAUCGCAACACAAAGCAUUCCUUUCGUCUCCACUUCCGGAGCUUUGGGUGGACUUGCAUAUGACAAUACCUCUCUGACAGACAGUGUUAAAAUGGAACCAGAUAACGAUUUAAUUGAUUGUAAAGUUGAGUUUAUCGACAUGGACGCAGCGUCGUCGUAUGAAGAAGAUGCCGGACCGAGCCCAGAACUCGACUCGUCAGUAGCGCCAAAGCCAGAUAUAAAUGAACCAGUUCCCGAAACUGUAACUGUCCCACAGAAAACCAAAAGUAAGAGUCGGAAAGCAAAACUAAUAACGUAUAGUGAGUCUUAUCUGGAGGAAACAGUCAACCAAAUCAGAAACGGUACAUUGUUAUUGUAUACUGCUGCGAAGCUUACCGGCAUUCCACGAGCCACCCUGCAGUAUCGACUGAGUUCUGUGUUUAAAAAUAAGGGUACACGUGGACCAUAUUCAAUAUUCUCGACGAAUGAAGAAAAGGAAAUAGUCAAGUGGAUCAAAGAUAUGGUACGAAAAGGAUUUCCAAUUACGAAGAGCCGCAUAGAAUACAAGGUUUCAAACUAUUUAAAGACUCAUCCCAGAAAGACCCCGUUCAAAGACAAUAAGCCAGGGAAAUCAUGGUCCAAGUGUUUUAUCAAGCGCAAUCCCGAUCUAAGUAUAACAAAGCAUCUAAAUGGGAAAGUUACAGAAAAAGAUAUACGAAACUGGUUCCUUAGUAUUCUAAGCUAUCUGGAAGAUAAUCAGUUGACAGAUAUUUUGAAAGAUCCUUCGCGGAUUUUGAACGCCAAUGAGGCGGGAUUUGUGUUACACUCUACUUCAAAAGGAGUUGUGGACUGGUUACAUAAGAAAAAUGUGUCGUUUAUUGAAACUACCAACGGAGACCAUAACAUGACAGUGAUGUUUACUUUUAUUGCUAAUGGAAGUUUUGUUCCACCGGACGUAGUCCUUCCCAUGAAGCGGUUGACUCAGAAAAUCAAACAAUCCUUUCCUUGCGAUUGGGGGCUAGGAACGUCCGACAACGGGUGGCUAGAUGUUCGGAAUUUUACGCUAUACAUCAUUAAAGUACUGUACCCAACACUUGUCAAACGAGGCACCCAAUUUCCGGUCCUAUAUUUCGUGGAUGGUCACAAAUCCGAAAUAGCGUUCGAGGCUGCUGAUAUGUGCAAACAAUACGGCAUCAUUUUGAUCGCAUUGUAUCCGAAUGCUGCACAAAUCUUCCAGCAAUCUAAUGUGGCCGCAUUCAAACCGCUUAAAACUACUUGGACUAGGAUUGUUAAGACUUGGCGUCUUGCUCACAAAACGAAACGAAUGACGUUGGUCACAUUUGCGUCAUUUCUUGAAGAAGCAAUGUAUAAAUCAUUGAAAAAAUCUACAAUCACGAACGGAUUCACUGUUUGUGGAUUAUAUCCUUUCAAUUCAAACGCAAUAGAUUUCAAGGAAUAUUGUAGAGUAUUUGCUGCAAACCCAGCGUCCAGCAAUGAAGGUAUUGCCUACAACUCGAAUAUUACAGAUGAUACAGAAGAGAUGCCAUGCGAUUCUGGUGGUACAAUAGGCAUUCGAGAUGAGUCACAGGAUAGGCAAAUAGAAGUACCAGAAAACGCCUUGAAAACUGCGCUGAGGAUGUUGGGUCCAUCGAAAAUAAAUCUUUACCAAACGACUCUAGCAGAUGAUUUGUCUCACGAGGACAAAGUACUGUCCUAUGUGUAUAAAAACAUUCUGAUUCUGGGAGAAUCCCCGGCGCACGAUGUUAUUCAAGAGUUCGCUAAUAAUCCUUCUACCAGUAAGGCAGUUGGAAUCUCAAAACCAACAAGCCUAGCUCCGGAUGCUGAUACUUUAAGCCCAGAAUUUGAUGUGACGAUGGAUAUCAAGGUUGAAAACGAUUCCGAAGAAUCCACCGAUAUGAUUGUGGGAGGCUGUGACUAUGACCAAGAAAAUGCCCACCACAGUGAUAAAACCAGUGGUAAAGUAGUUGAAGGAACGUCCACAUCUGGGAACUGCCAGCAGAAUGAAAUCAAAUGGAACUAUGCAGGAUAAACCACCAGUAAUGGCGCAGUUUCUUUUGCUACGAAACACAUUUGUAGUUUUCCGAGGAUUACAACCCAUUUCUACCCAGUGGCAAAUAAGACAAAUUAUCAUUCUUACUUCCUGGAUUCAACUGGCAUAUACGAAGCGUACCUCGAAGCUUGCCGAAAAUCUUUCAGGUAGUAAAAGAACGAACGAAGGAUCCGCCGUUGUUUAUGUGCGAUGACUGCCGACAUGUGGAAAAAUUCGAUCUCGGUGAACUCAGUUGUGUAUUUUUGAAUAAAUGAACUGACAAUGCGAAUAUUGUA